AUGUCUUCUCCCGCUACUCCAGCUGCGCCAUGGCGCUCGACGUUUCUAUCUCAUAUCGAGAAGAUGGACUCGCCUACCUUUAUGCUUAGCACUCUCCACCAUCAUGACUCUGGGGUGACACCUCGUUCCCGCACUGUUGUGUACAGAGGCACUUGGGCAGAGAUACCAGUCAACCCCAAGAACCAGGCACCACUGAACCCUUCUAUUUACGAGAGUGACCUUCUCACCAUCACCACCGACGCUCGUAUGGAAAAGAUUCCCGAGCUAUCACCGGAUGGAAAGCAUGUUCCGCAGUCUGGUGGUGGAGGACCUGUUGAGGCUGUCUUUUGGGUCGUCGAGACAAAGACUCAGUGGCGUUUGCGCGGCCGCGCUUAUCUUCUUGGCCAAGACAUUGACGACCCAUCAGCAUCGCCAGUCAGGGAAGAGAUCGAGAAGCACAUGCGGAGAAAGAGUGACGAUGAUUCAGCCUCGUGGAAUUGGGGCAAGGAGAUCACGGCACACUUUGGAAACUUGAGUCCUGGCAUGCGAGGGUCAUUUCGCAACCCUCCUCCUGGAACAAAGCGAGAUGAGAAGCCUGGUGCUGGACUUGGACCGGGACAAAAGGUAGAGGAUCUGGAUGAUGAGAUCGCGAGGAAGAACUUCCGCGUUGCGGUUAUAAUUCCGGAGGAGGUAGAUCAAGUCGAUCUGUCUGAUCCAGCUGACGGGAAGAGAUGGAACUACAAGUUGACUAAUAAUUCUUGGGAGAAGACUGAGCUAUGGCCCUAG